AUGGGAGCCGCCGAUGAGAAUCAACCUCCGGAUCCGAGAGACCUAGGUCCUACCUUGGACAAUGGCAGUCUGGCCGUCAUCGUCCUUCGCCAGACGCAAUUCUUAUAUUCGUUGGUACUUCUUUUUGGUUUUGUAACAGGCGCCGCUUGGUAUAGCGUGUACAAUUCCAAGAAGGACGAAGACCUCGUCCAGCCUACUGUGAAGGGACCUGGUGGGAAGCCGCUGCCCAUCACGAAGCGUAAAAAGCGAGACGAUGGCGAGCGCAAGGUGGGCCCCCGUUUUGGGCCAGUGGCCAAGAACGUAUUCCGCUACUUGGCGGCGAUUCUGUUCUUGAGCUAUGUCGGCACCGGCAUGUCCAUGUUCGUCCAUGCCUUCUGGCACGAGAAUCCGUACAAAUGGUCCAAAGAAGGCUUGCCCUGGGCAGGUGAAUGGACUGCGGUCCAUGUCACUGGUUCUACAUUUUUCUACCUAUAUAUGCUUUUCUCUCUCUUCGACUGGAGGAAGGGCCCCAAUAUUGUUCACCUUGCCAUCUGGGUCGUGGGACUAUGUGGUGAGCUUGUGCUGUUCGUCACUACUUUCAUUGCGGCGGCGGAUUGCCAGUUCAUUCGCCCGGGCCGAACAGCAGAUUCUGAAGCAGGAGAGAGCUGCAUAAGUUCCUGGACCAAGAUUGACUUGGCUCUGUAUUUCGUCCGCGUUUUACACCUUGUGGCGUCCAUAAGCUUCUUCUGCCUUGCCUGGAUUAUGAAGGGCCGCCGUGAAGUCUGUGAGCUCGAAGCAGUCUCUUGUUCAGAGUCUACGCCACUUCUUAAUGGGCGGGCUAAUGGCUCGCAUGAGACGACAAACGCUAAUGGCCAGGCGUACACUCCCCAAGAACGACGAUCUCGCAGACGGACAAUGUCAAACACGGCACGAACCGGAAACUAUGGUACGUCUCGCAAGGAAGAACAAGCCGCGUUCUAUCGCCCAGAGAAGCUUCCUCGUCGAACGUGGUUCGAGUAUGUUCGUGGAUACUCCUUGUUCUUUCCGUAUCUGUGGCCAAAGGAUUCGACUCGGUUGCAGCUUCACGUGCUAUUUUGCUUUGUUCUGGUGAUGCUCCAGAGAUGUGUCAAUGCGACGGUCCCCUGGCAGAUCGGACGCGUCGUCGAUAGUCUCGCCGACGCGCUCCGAAGUGUGCAGCGGGGCGAGCGUCUCACAACCGAGAACUUCCCUCUCCAAGACUUCUUCAUAUUGGGAUGCCUGUGGACGCUGCAAGGACAAACAGGCUUAUUGGGAUCGCUAAGAUCACUCUUCUGGAUUCCGGUGUCGCAGUAUUCCUACCGAGGGCUCACGACUGCGGCCUUCAACCAUGUGCACUGUCUUAGUCUCGACUUUCACCUGUCCAAACGCACCGGCGAGGUUCUAUCCGCACUUAACAAAGGCUCGGCGAUUAAUCAGUUUCUUGAACAAGUGACAUUCCAAGUCCUUCCCAUGCUUUUCGAUCUAUUUCUUUCCAUCAUCAUCUUUUACUACGUCUUUGGGCCAUUCUACGCUGAGAUCAAUCUCGUCAACACUUGCUGGUAUCUAUACAUGACCGUCAAGAUGGCGGCAACACGUGCUGAUCAUAGACGUGAGAUGACGAAUGCAGAUCGGGAAGAGGAGGCUGUCAAAAAUGACUCCAUCUCGAGUUACGAAACCGUCAAGUACUUCAACGCGGAGGACUUCGAAUCCAGACGAUACCGGGACAAGGUCACCAUAUUUCAGACAGCGGAAAUCAAAGUCCAGAUGGGCAUGGUCAUGAUGAAUAUUUGCCAAACCUUGGUCUACAACUUGGGUAGGAUCGUCGCGUCCUUGGUCUGUGGCUGGCAAGUCGUCGUUGGCGUUCGGACAACGGGAGAGUGGUUCACUGUGGUGGCUUUUCUAACCCAGCUUCAAGGCCCCCUGAACUUUUUUGGCAACUUCUACAGAACUGUGCAGCAGGCCAUGAUCUCAGGUGAACGACUUUUGGAACUUUUCAAGAUUCAACCCACGGUUGUCGACGCACCACAUGCGGUGCCGCUUGACAAGUUUCGCGGUCACAUUCGGUGGAAAAACGUCAGCUUCGCGUAUGAUAGACGAAAACCAGCCUUGCGCAACAUUAGCUUUGAGUGUGCGCCGGGAACUACAACAGCCUUUGUUGGCGAAUCAGGUGGUGGCAAGUCGACGCUGUUUCGUCACAUGUUUCGAUACUAUGACAGUGACGAGGGCAGCAUAGAGUUCGACGGCAAAGAUAUCAAAGAUCUGACAAUUGAAUCAGUGCGUCGACAGAUUGGAGUUGUGCCUCAAGAUACAACUCUAUUCAACGAGUCCCUCAUGUACAAUCUUCAGUACGCGAACCCGUCGGCCACCGAGGAAGAAGUCUAUGCAGCUUGCCGUGCUGCGAGUAUCCAUGAUCGAAUCAUGAGUUUCCCCGACAAAUACAAUACUCAGGUCGGAGAAAGGGGGCUAAGGCUUAGCGGCGGCGAAAAGCAACGAGUAGCCAUUGCCCGAACGAUCCUCAAGAACCCCAAGAUAAUCAUGUUGGACGAAGCUACCUCAGCACUGGACACUCAUACCGAGCAAGAGAUUCAAGACAAUGUGUGGAAUAUUGGGGAAGGGCGAACACUUCUUAUUAUUGCACACCGUCUAUCCACCAUUACCCACGCUGACCAGAUCAUCGUUCUUCACGCUGGUGAGAUUGUUGAGAAAGGAACUCACGACGAGCUACUAGACGCCAACGGUCGAUAUGCCUCGAUGUGGGAGAAGCAGAUUCGGGCCGAGCGGGCCUUGGAUGCUGCCCGACAGGCGCACCUGAAAGCGGCGCGGGCAAUACGACGGGCAAAUAUGGGCUCCAAGCCGCCAGAGGAGGUUACCACGGAAGAUUAUCACAGCGUUGGCUCUUCCGGUACGCUCUCUGGCAAUGCCACGAGUCGUGGUAACAGGGGAGAGGAAACUACCUCGGCGUCAUCUUCUUCAUCAUCCGAUGCCGAGUCGACCCAUACUCGUGACCACGACGGCCACCAAGAUGAAGGACGAAUGAAGAUCUAA